CUGGUGUUGGUUAAAUGGCUUCAGUGAGUGCAGUGUAGUGGCAGGUACUAGGUAGGGAAUUUAAUAGGUUAUUUCAGGUGAAAAUGGUGAGAUAGCUGUGCAAAUGUCGAAGCAAACGGUUCUUGGCGGUCAAAAUAAGCGCAAAAGCGUCCAAGACGAUAGCAAUCAUCGUAGUCACAGAUUACGGGCAAUGGCGCAAUGCUGAAUGCCAGUAAUGCGACGUCACUUCACCGGUUGGCGAUUAUAUAGUACCGUUACUGUAGUCCUCACCUUUAUUCCGAAUCCCGAUGUAAAUAAUUAUUUAAUACUCCGAAAACGACUUUCACCCCUACCUGUCCUAAUUUCUUCAUCACCUUAUCAACGUGACCAUGAGUAGUGAACACUUCGGUGUAUUCGGUCAACCGUCGUUCGUUAUCGUUUGGUAUUAGUACGCACUACACGUAAUUCGUUUGCUGAUUGCUGUUGCCACUUGUGUACUGUGCACAGUGUGCAGGCCAGUCACUACUCACUGCAGUCGCUAGUCGCCACUCGCCAGUCGUGUACUCGUCAGUCAACGUUUCAAUCGCUUCUAUUUCCAACGUGCGACACCGCCGGAAAACAAUAAUCGUGUCGUAGCAACAGCAAGUCCAUUUUCGGCGGUGGUGGUGUUCGAAGAAGAAUGAACUUAAUGUAAGUAGAAUAGUAAAAAAUCUUCUGGAAAAAAACUUGUCGACCGACGCACUUUUGAUUCCGUACCAUAAAUUCAAUUGUUACUCCGUCAGCGCAUUUUGUAUGUAUGUAAUUUUUGAAUAAAGGAGUGGGUAACAAAAAAAAACAAACUACACACCCAUAACCUGUAGGUGCGUUGUAGUAUGUGUCCAAAGGUCAGUUUUCUUCAGACAUGUCCAGCGCUAAACACGAUUUAAGGUGUGACCUGUAAGCACUCAACCACACGGAAACGCACAGUACGGACGAACAUCUUCAACUGUUCUACUAGAUAUUUCUCACUCAACGACGAGUAAACUAUGUUGUCACUGUUUAGCAAUGCAAACAACUAUACCGCUUCAAUCACGGUCGGCUACAUUGGAGUAGAUGUUGAUUUGUGGCUUUGGAUGACAUGGCUGCUUUGGCCACUCAUUGUCACAUUCUUGUUGCCGCUCACCAUUGUACUAUUAUUUAACAUAACUGGUAUUAUACUAUACGUCUAUAAACUUCACAGAGAAAGACUUAUAAAUGCAUACGAAAAUAAUUUUUGGGAUGGUGCAUUAAAAACUGUAGCUGCAUUAUGGGAUGCCCAUGGUUGGAUUUGGCAUGGAUAUGAAGUAAAUGGCAUUGAAAAUGUGCCUAUUGACAGUCCAGCUUUGUUAGUGUAUUAUCAUGGUGCUAUUCCUAUUGAUUUAUAUUACAUGAUUUCUAGAAUAUAUUUGAUCAAGGCAAAAUUAGUUCAUACUGUAGCUGAUCAUUUUCUAUUUAAAUUACCAGGCUGGUCAAUAAUAUCUGAACCAUUGAAAGUAAUACCUGGUACUGUGCAGACUUGUUCAGAUAUACUAAAAGAAAACAAUCUUUUAGCAAUUUCACCUGGUGGUGUUUAUGAAGCUCAAUUUGGUGACAGGUAUUACAGGCUUAUGUGGAAAAAACGAUUUGGUUUUGCUAAAGUAGCUAUAGAUGCUAAAGUACCUAUUAUACCAGUAUUCACACAAAAUAUUCGUGAAGCUCUCCGUUGUAUUGGUAUUGGUCGUAGAUUCUGGUUGCGAAUUUAUUUAUGGACCAGGUUGCCUAUAAUACCAAUAUAUGGAUGGUUUCCUGUCAAACUAAGAACUCAUAUUGGUAAACCAAUUCCAUAUGACCCAAAUCUAUCAGCCGAAGACUUACAAAAAAAAGUGGCAAGUGCAAUUGAAGAAUUAAUAUGUCAACACCAAAAAGUGCCUGGCAAUAUACUAAGAGCUCUCUGUGAACGGGUUUAUAACCCUUUAGGCUGUAGUAAAAAGAAAACAUGACAUUACGCUUUACUUACUAAUGAUGGGGAAGUUUAAAAUAAUUAUCCCUGUACUUAGACUGUGUUGUGGUACAUUGUAAUUUUUAACAAAUUGUAACCGACUUCUCUAUAGCAUAAUUUAAUUAAUGAGAUCUUAAU